GUUUUUUUUCCGUUGUCAUCCAUUAGUAAAUAGGAAAGAUGGCAGCAGAUUAUUGCGCUUUUUUCCUCUACAUCCACAGAUCCGACAUUUUUCUUAAAAUUAAGCCAUUUUACAAGUUUUUGUUUAAUAGUUGUAUAAAACCAUUCACGUCCAGUUUUAUGAACAGAAUUGAGCGGGUACCUUAUUUUUUAAAUGAAAUGUAGUUAACAUUGAAAUAAAUAAAAUACAUAAUUUUUGAAUGUCGAACUGGUGUCAAAUAAGGUGUAAGACGACAUACAAAUUUUGAAAAAUUCUGUAUUGUUUUACCGAGUGUAAACAUUUCAGUGUUUGAUGAAUGAAGAAUUCAUUAUGAGUUACUUUCAAGUAUUAUUACUUUUUUAAAUAAAAUAUGAUGAAAAUGAGGGCAAUCGAUGAAAUGGAACAAAGGGAUCUCCCACAGGCAUUCCGUUUGCUGGGGGAGAUGAAUGCCAAUGUAUUGCAAGUGAAUCAACUUGUGGACAACAUGUUAAUUCGUGUUAAAAAUGGAGAAAUUUCUACAGACAAGGGUCUUAGUUUUUUGGAAAUGAAAUAUCAUAUGUUACUUUCAUAUUUGAUUAAUUUGACUUAUGUAGUUCUGAGAAAAUGUUCAGGAGAACGUAUAGAAGGAGAUCCAUCGAUUGAUCGUUUAAUCGAAAUCAGAACAGUCCUAGAAAAAAUCCGACCAAUAGAUCACAAACUUAAGUAUCAAAUAGAUAAACUUGUUAAGACUGCUGUAACUGGUACUAUCAACAGUGAUGAUCCAACUAAUUUUAAAGCUAAUCCUGAUGCAUUUGAUACCAAUGAUGAAGAAUCUGACAGUGAUCAGGGUGAUGCAGAUGAAGGUUUUAAAUCAACACAAUCAAGGAAAUCUAAUGUUUAUGUACCACCAAAACUUGCUGCAGUACAUUAUGAUGGAGAUGAAACAGUUGCGGAUAAAAUUCGUAAAGCCGGAGAAAGGGUUCGCAGACGCGCUGUAUCGGGUGCUGUUUUACGGGAAUUAAAGGAAGAAUAUUUAGAUGCGCCUAUCGAAGACACACAUGGUUUAGGAGAAAAACAAACUAGUCUAGGUCGUGAGAAUAAACGGAAAAUAGAAUAUGAAGAAAAUUACAUGACACGUUUGCCUGUUACUAAACAAGAAAAACACAGACGUCGUCAAAUGACUACUGUUGGUACACUUGGAGAAGAAAUUACAUCGUUUGGAGAAUCGUCUUUUGUAUCUGCUAAAAAAAGAAAAACUCAGAAGAAAGGCAAAGCCAAAAAAAGUUUCAAGAAAAAAAGGCAUCAUUAAAUCGACUUUAUAAAAAUUUGAAAAGCUGAAUUUCAUACAGCGUUAAUAAUUAAGGUAAAAUGCAAAUUUCUUCAAUUCUUCUUGACAAAUGCAGAUGCCAUUAAUACUCGUUACUAAGUUAAGCUAAAUAACUCAUAAACAACUAGUAAUAAAAGCCAACCAUCAACGGUGAAGUAAAUAGCACGAUGGUAAUUUAUUACUACAUAAGACAUACUAAUGGUCGUGUAAUUGAUAAUUAUAGUUAAUAAUGAUUUUAAUCUUUAAUUGUUGUCUGAGAUCAAUUUUUAUCUAUGGAGUUGAAAUGUUCCGUGAGUCACAAAGAAAAAAAAUGGUAUCUCUACGAUAUUAAGUACAUGAAAAAUAAUGUCAAGGUACAUACGAGCUUAACUUACAAAAAAAAGUAUUACGUGUAACCGUGACGCAUUUAAUCAAAGAAUGGAUUUCGGCUCCAAGAUUUAAAAUUGUAAGUUAAACGCAAAAGUUGAAAGCAGAAAAUUUGUCUGCUUUAUUUUGAAAUAUUCUCCAGCUAUAGAUGAAACAAAAAAAAAAAAAAA